UUCUUAUCGACUUUUUGCGGGAAAACACAGCCGGCGCCGCAAUUAGAAACGAGUGAGGAAGUCUGUUAUUGGAUCUCGUGUUUGCAAUAUCGAGACGAUCACCAAGCAGGGCCAUCGAAGUCGUCAAUCGGGAGUGCUAGCACGGCUACAGUAGACAACGAAGUUUGGCAAGCUCCGGAUCUCACGCUUUCCGAGCGCAGCGGCGGGCAGUUGGAGCACGUUUUACUGCAC